AUGGCUAAAGCGAAGGUAGCACCACUGAAGGCCGUAUCGGUACCAAGAUUGGAGCUAAUGGGUGCACUUCUAGGAGCAAGACUGGCAAAAACGGUCUGCGAGUACCACACGAUUCCCAUUCGACGUCGAGUACUAUGGACCGAUUCGUUAGCGACGUUAGCCUGGAUCCAGUCGCCGCAUUGCCGAUAUCGACAAUUCGUCGCCUUUCGAGUGGGAGAGAUUCUGACCAAGACCGAAGCUGAUGAGUGGAGAUGGGUUCCUACAAAGCAUAAUGUGGCCGACGAAGCGACUAAAUGGGGAAAAGGACCCAGCACCGAAGUCAAGUCCCGUUGGUUCCAAGGGCCUGAAUUUCUAUACUUUCCGGAAGAAAAAUGGCCGAUCAGAGAGUCAACGAGGCCACUAGUAGCAGACGAAGAACUGCGGCCGAGUCUGGUGCAUCAUGUAAUGACCACCAAGGAUAUUAUUCGAUGGGAGAACUUCUCGAAAUGGGAACGUCUUCUGAGAGCAAUCGCUUACGUACAUCGCUUUGUCACAAACUGUCGUCAACAACAUAACAAGCAGCAAUUGGUCGCUGGAUGUUUGACUAAGGAGGAACUACAGAAGGCAGAACUCAGCCUGUGGCGUGUUACUCAAGCAAUCGCAUACCCUGACGAGAUAGCAGUUCUGAAGCAAAGGCUUUCAAACCCCAAGAAAGAAAUCGAGAAGACGAGUCCAGUCUACAAAUUAUCCCCGUACCUUGAUGAGCAGGGUGUGAUGCGUAUGGAUAGCCGCAUCGGAACGGCUCCUUUUAUCAGCUACGAUUUCAAAUUUCCUGUUAUACUACCUCGUAAUCAUCCAUCAACAUUGCUCCUGAUCAACUGGUAUCACCGACGGUAUUUGCAUGCUAAUAGCGAGACGGUUCACAACGAGAUUCGCCAGCGCUUUCACGUUUCGAAUCUACGCACAGUAGUGCGACAAGUAGCAAAGAAUUGUCAAGUUUGCAAAAUUUCCAAGGUAUCACCAGUUACUCCCAAGAUGGCUCCUCUACCAGAUGCGCGUCUUGCUGCCACUGUUCGCCCGUUUUCCUACGUGGGGCUCGACUACUUCGGGCCAGUUCAAGUAAAAGUGGGACGCAGCUGCGUGAAGCGGUGGAUUGCACUCUUCACGUGUCUGACGAUCAGAGCCGUCCAUUUGGAGAUAGUUCAUUCACUAUCUACGGAGUCUUGCAAGAUGGCAGUACGACGAUUUGUAGCCCGCCGCGGAUCCCCCGUAGAAAUCUACUCCGAUAACGGCACCAACUUUCAGGGAGCAAGCCGAGAAUUGCGAGCAGAAAUCGAAGCUACCAGUAAACAACUGCAGGAGACGUUCACCAAUACGAACACCAAGUGGCUGUUUAAUCCACCAUCGGCGCCACACUUCGGGGGAUCCUGGGAGCGUCUGGUGAGGUCGGUUAAAGUAGCGCUAGGAGCUCUUUGUCCCGAACGAAACCCAACUGAUGAAACCUUGAUAACCGUUAUUGCUGAAGCUGAAUCCGUGGUUAAUUCACGCCCGCUAACGUUUAUUCCUCUGGAACAUUCAGCGCAGGAAGCCCUAACACCAAACCACUUCAUACUGCUGAGUUCUAGUGGGGUUGUCCAGCCUCCCAAAACGAUAGCAGAGUCGACGAAGGUAACGCGAACGAAUUGGACGAUGAACCGGAUUCUUGUUGAUCGGUUUUGGAAACGCUGGGUGAGAGAGUAUCUACCGACUAUUGCCAAACGGACCAAAUGGUUCGAUGAAUCCGAUGCGGUGAAAGUUAAUGAUCUGGUAAUGGUAGUGAACGAGAAUCUGCGUAACGGGUGGAUCAGAGGUCGGGUCAUGUCCAUAAUACCGGGCUGCGAUGGCCGUGUCCGCCAAGCAUUGGUGCAGACAUCAGGUGGGGUUUUUCGGCGACCUGUGUCAAAGUUAGCAGUGCUACAAGUGCAAGCUGAAGGUAACGCAGAACCAACAGUGGAUCCGGAAGUGCGUUACGGGCGGGGGGAUGUUGCCACAUCUGGCAGCACUGACGGUACGGAAGGCGAGCCGAACCACAAAGCCCCUCGUACAUCUUCCCACACUAAUUAG